GGGGAGAACCCGGGGGGAGACCCACUGAUACACGGAAAGGAAAGAGACUGAUGAGAAGAGAGACAGAGACAAAGAGACAGCAAAGGGAGGCAGAGACAGUGCAGGCACUGAGGGAAAGACACAACUGGGAAGGGGGAGAAGUCAGAGAAGCUGAAGAAGACACAGACAGGGAGAGACAAAGACCCAGGAGAGAAGGGCACAGGAGGAAGUUUUGGAGGAGAGAGGUCCCCAGGCGCUUUUCCUGAGCCCAGGGACUGUUUUCUUCUUCUUCUCUGAACGUCCCUAGCCCCUCUAAAAACUUCGCCUCAGAUUUUGGCACAAAUCCGAGCCCCUCCGGCUUUAACGAGGAGUUUUCCACAGUUAGGGUGGGGAGGAUUUGAUGCCUCCAAUGGCCUCAAUCCAUCCCAGCUGCAGCACGGGUACCAUGUCCCAGAUGGGCUUGCAUCCCGGGAGGGGCUUGACUGGGCACUGGCUGCGAAGAGCCCAACUCCGCUUGCAGCUUCAUACUGUGCGUUUCUCUGGUCUGGAGUGGAGGCGGCCGCUGGUGCUGCUGCUGGCCUCCCUCUUGCCUUUAGCCUGGGCAGCCAGCCCCCUCCCUCGGGAGGAAGAAAUCGUGUUUCCAGAGAAGCUCAAUGGCAGCAUCUUGCCCGGCUCAGGUACCCCUGCCAGGCUGCUGUACCGCUUGCCAGCCUUUGGGGAGGUACUACUACUAGAAUUAGAGCAGGACCCUGGGGUCCAGGUAGAGGGGCUGACAGUGCAGUACCUGGGCCAGGCACCUGAGAUGCUGGGUGGGGCAGAGCCAGGUACCUACCUGACUGGCACCAUCAAUGGAGAUCCGGAGUCGGUGGCAUCUCUGCACUGGGACGGGGGAGCCCUACUAGGGGUGUUGCAGUACCGAGGGGCUGAACUCCACCUCCAGCCUCUGGAGGGAGGCUCCCUUAACUCUGCUGGGGGACCAGGGGCUCACAUCCUACGCCGGAAGAGUCCUGACAGCAGCCAAGGUCCCAUGUGCAACGUCAAGGCUCCUUCUGGGAGCCCUAAUCCCAUUCCCCGAAGAACCAAGCGCUUUGCUUCUCUGAGUAGAUUCGUGGAGACACUGGUGGUGGCCGAUGACAAGAUGGCAGCAUUCCAUGGUACAGGGUUAAAGCGCUACCUGCUGACAGUUAUGGCUGCAGCAGCCAAGGCCUUUAAGCACCCAAGCAUCCGAAACCCUGUCAGCUUGGUGGUGACUCGGCUAGUGAUCCUGGGGUCAGGCCAGGAGGGGCCCCAAGUGGAGCCGAGUGCAGCCCAGACCCUACGGAGCUUCUGUGCCUGGCAGCGGGGCCUCAACACCCCUGAGGACUCAGAUCCUGACCACUUUGACACAGCCAUUCUGUUUACCCGUCAGGACCUGUGUGGCGUCUCUACUUGUGACACUCUGGGUAUGGCUGAUGUGGGCACAGUGUGUGAUCCAGCUCGGAGCUGUGCUAUUGUGGAGGACGACGGACUUCAGUCGGCCUUCACUGCUGCUCACGAACUGGGCCAUGUCUUCAACAUGCUCCAUGAUAACUCCAAGCCAUGUGUUAAUCUGAAUGGGCAGGGGGGCUCCACUCGCCACGUCAUGGCUCCAGUUAUGGCUCACGUGGAUCCGGAAGAGCCUUGGUCCCCAUGCAGUGCCCGCUUCAUCACUGAUUUCCUGGACAAUGGCUACGGGCACUGUCUCUUAGACAAACCAGAGGCUCCCCUGCAUCUACCAGUGACUUUUCCUGGCAAGGACUACGAUGCCGACCGCCAGUGCCAACUGACCUUUGGGCCUGACUCACACCAUUGUCCACAGCUGCCACCACCCUGUGCUGCCCUCUGGUGCUCAGGCCACCUCAAUGGCCAUGCUAUGUGCCAGACUAAGCAUUCACCCUGGGCUGACGGUACUCCCUGCGGAUCCGCACAGGCCUGCAUGGGCGGCCGCUGUCUUCACGUGGACCAGCUCAAGGACUUCGAUAUUCCACAGGCUGGGGGCUGGGGUCCCUGGGGACCAUGGGGUGACUGCUCUAGAAGCUGUGGGGGUGGUGUCCAGUUCUCCUCCCGGGACUGCACAAGGCCCGUCCCCCGGAAUGGUGGCAAGUACUGCGAGGGUCGCCGUACCCGUUUCCGCUCCUGCAACACUGAGAACUGCCCAACCGGCUCAGCACUGACCUUCCGUGAGGAGCAGUGUGCUGCCUACAACCACAGGACGGACCUCUUCAAGAGCUUCCCAGGGCCCAUGGACUGGGUCCCACGCUACACAGGUGUAGCCCCGCGAGACCAGUGCAAACUCACCUGCCAGGCUCGGGCACUGGGUUACUACUAUGUACUGGAGCCACGGGUGGCAGACGGAACUCCGUGUUCCCCAGACAGCUCCUCAGUCUGUGUCCAGGGGCGCUGCAUCCAUGCUGGCUGUGACCGGAUUAUUGGCUCCAAAAAGAAGUUUGACAAGUGCAUGGUCUGCGGCGGGAAUGGUUCUAGCUGCAGCAAGCAGUCGGGCUCCUUCAGAAAAUUCAGGUACGGAUACAGUGAUGUGGUCACUAUCCCCGCCGGAGCCACCCAUAUUCUUGUACGGCAGCAAGGGGGUUCUGGCCCCAGGAGCAUCUACCUGGCCCUGAAGCUUCCAGAUGGUUCCUACGCCCUCAAUGGUGAAUACACGCUGAUGCCCUCCCCCACGGAUGUGAUACUUCCUGGGGCAGUCAGUCUGCGCUAUAGCGGAGCCACGGCAGCCUCAGAGACACUGUCUGGACAUGGGCCUCUGGCCCAACCCUUGACGCUGCAAGUCCUGGUGGCUGGCAACCCACAGAACGCACGUCUGCGGUACAGCUUCUUCGUUCCGCGGCCAGUUCCUUCAACACCACGCCCUCCUCCCCAAGACUGGCUGCACCGCCGGGCACAGAUUCUGGAGAUCAUUCGGAAGCGUCCCUGGGCCGGCAGGAAAUAACCUCACUCUCCCGGCUGCCCUUUUGGGGUGCCGGGGCCUCGGACUCAUCUGGGAGAAUGAGGGGAGGGGGUUCUGCAGCUGCCUCAUGCUAAAACACAGCAGGGAAGUGCUGUAAAGGGCGAAACCUACCCUGCCUCUCUGCCCUAAACUGCAGGCUGGCCCUGCCCUGGCUUCCUGCCCUGGGAGGCAGCGAUGUGUAGGUGAAUGGAAAGGGGUUAGGAGAUGUCCCCUAUCUAAACUGCCCCCUCUGCCCUGCAGGUCACAGGAGGGAGAGGGGAAGGCUUGGAUCCCAGUUGUAUUUAUUUAGUAUUUAUUCACUUUUAUUUAGCACCAGGGAAGGGGACUAGGGUCUUGGGGAAACUCACCCCUUAUAGCCCCCACCCUAGCUAUGAAAUCCAGGGUGGUGGUAACAAAUAUAAGUGGUGUGUGUGUGUGUGUGUGUGUGUGUGUGUGUGUACACGUGUGUGUUUUUGUAUGAGGUACAACCUGUCCUGCUUUCCUCUCCCUGGCUUUUUUUGGCUGGGAAAAGGAGAGCCAAAGGUAGGAUUGGUCUUCAGGGAGUGAGGGAUUAUCAUAUUUUUAAAUGUACAGAUCGAAGUCUGCUAUUUAUAUGCCCCUUUGGGGGUCAGACAAAUGUGGGUUGCACCUUGGCCCCACAUCGUUGAGCAUUUGUUUUCUCAUUUGCCAAUAAUAAUAAUACUUCCCUUAGAAAUUUGUUGUAAGGGUUAAAUAAUGUAAAUAAAGAACUAGCAUAAUGCCUCACCCUCCACAGGUACUCAGCAAUGGGGACUGCUCUUAUUCUCAUCAUUGUUCUGCCCACACUGCUCCUCCGUGGAGCCGACAAGCAUCCAUCUCAUGCUGCUCUUUAUCCCCAGGCUCAGAUCCCGUAGUUGUCAGAACUCUAAGAUUGGGAGACAUUGUCAGAAAAGGCCAUUCUGUCCCUCCCUCCGUGGGCACAUAAUCACCUGAAGCAGACAUAAUAAACACUUGGCAAUAUAGCCAACAAGAACAUGAAGAUACAGAAACCAAAAACCCAACUCCUUCAACACAAACAAGAGUGUAGUUGUAAGAGUGAUGGUUCUGAGGGAUGGAGGAUGUUGCGGUAGCAUCCUGCCACUCCAGAGCUGAUGGAUCUGAACUUGAGCUAGGGUUCAGCACCUUAUUACCUGGGUGAUGUUGGGCAAGUCACUGAUACACAAUUUUGGAUUACAAGCAUAUGGGGCCAAUAGUAACUGCUCCCAUUGCUCUGUGCUCAAGGAUUUUCGAACAGCAAAGGGUGUUGUAACAUGGGAAGUGACCUUUGUGAUGACUGACUCCAACAUCAGUCAAUGUAAGCCCAAUAGACUUCUUGGAAGAUGUGAGGUUAGAAUGGAAUUCAAUGAGAGGAACAGGAUGUGGUCUGGUAAGCAAUAAACAGCAAAGCAAAAGGGAAAAAAACGUAGACGGAUCUAAUGAGAGUGGAGCCAUCUGUUCAGUGGUGCAAAAUGUGAGGAGCAGCACUGAGCUGAAAUGGAUCUCCUUUCCUUGAGGAACAAGAGGAAUAACCUAGUCAGUCUUGGGUGUGCUAUAGAUGGGACAGGUGGGCAAAGGCAUGGUGGAGAAUUUUGAAUGUUAAGUGGCAAAUGCAGACCUGCUAGGGACUGGAAAAGGGACUGGAUGUUGAGGUGGGAAGGAGCUGUAGGAAGAGAAGACCCCAAGGUAAGGGUGGACGAUGGAGAAACCAAAGGCAUCUUGCUCUACCAUACCACCUUCAGUGGGAACUGCCCGAUAGGACUUGAGGUGCAAAGCAGGGCCUCUGGGGUGGAGAGGCAGGCCCAGAGGUUGUCGAUGUUUGUGCUGUGCUCUCUUCAGUGGAGCUGUGUUGUGGAAUAUUAGCUUAACUAUGUAAAGAUGUGUUGCUUUUGUUUAUGCUGCAUUUGUUUAACUAUGAAAAGAUAUGUUCUGUUUUACCUUGUCUGCCUAAGGCACCUGAUUGAGCUAAUAAAAAACGGAGUGCUUAAUAGCUAGGCAGAGGAGGGAUAGGCAAGGCUGGCGAGCAGAUAGAAAAGGGACCAGCCAGCUGGGCGCCCAGCCAGCCACACAUGGAAGAAACAGGAAAGCAAAACGGACAGUACGUAGAUGAGGUGAAUGAGCCCCAGUAUGUAGAUUAAUAGAAGUGGGUUAAUUUAAGUUUUAUAAAAGCUAGCUAGAAACAAGCCUAAACUAAGCCAAGCAUUCAUAAUUAAUAAUAAGUCUCCAUGUCAUGAUUUGGGGACUGGCUGUCCAAAAAAGCCAGCUACAGAGAGAGGCUUUGUUGAUCAGGUUCUGUAUGAGACAGCUUUACACCACCCAGCACAGUGCCUACCUGCUCACUCCUACAGCAGCACGUGGAGGGGGGGAUGAUGAUGGCCUUGCUCCUCUCUCUCCCUCUAGCAAGCGUGGCUCCCCCUGCUGUUCUUGUUCUCUGGUGGGUCUUAGGGUCCUGCUACCAACCAGGCAGGAGGAGGCAGGGACUGGAGAGUGGGAUGAAACUAAGGGGAUCUGCAGUUGCUUUGUCUAGCCAGUAAAAUUGGACCAUACGCUUUUGGACCUUAAUACUAUGCACUCGUGGUACAAGCCGAGCUCUGUUCAAGAGAAGGUAAAAUAAAAACACAAAUGAUA